ACUUUUUUCAAAUUUUGUUUCUAAAUCUGCACAUGCGUAGACUGUGUAUAUAAAACACUAAGCCAGUGCGGGUUCUGUCUUUUGGUCGAUUGUUGCUCACAGAAACAGCAAGACUGAAUUUCUCCAUCGGAUCCAGUUAAUGAAGAUGUAAUGCUAUAACCCACAACCCAAUGCUAAGAAACUCUCAUCUACUGAUGAUUCGUGUCAGAGAAUUAAAGGGGCUGCUGAAAUGGAUGGUGUAUGUAAGAAGUCAGAAGAUGGGAUACAAAAGAAUGAUUCAAGAAUCAAAACUCCAGACCUUCUCUCUAAGCUGAAUUUAGAUCAUUUCUAUCCCAGUAAACUGACAACUGCAGAUGCCUUCAGUAUAAACAGGACUUCAUUUCAGAAAGAGGAGCCCCAUUUAGAAAAGGAGCCACUGAAAGAGGAAGACUUGGCUUUUGUGUACCAACAUAAAUUGUUGACACUGGAUUACAGAGCCAGAUCCUUAACCAUUCACAAAGAACUUAUCGCAAGUAAAACUGAUGAAAAUAAAGAUUUUGAUGAUUUUCUGAAUGAUGAGAAUGAGUGUAAUGAUAGUGAAGAUGGAAAUACUCAGAUUCACCCAAUGGACGUCCAGAUGGCAGUUUUCCACUGUGCAGACAGUUUCCUGAGGCAGAACAUGGUGACUAAACUCUCCUCCUGCCAGUACGCUCUGCCACUGCUGGUGCCCAGUCCUACAUCUGCAGACAUUGAACUCCCUCUCUGGACCUUUCGGCAGAUCAAGAAGACCUGGAAGUCAGUUGGUGGUCUCAGCACAUCAUUGCCAGUUUGUCAGAUUAAAGCUCCAAUGGUGUUUUUUUGCAGGCUGGGCUCUGUUUCCACUUCCAAAUCUCAGCUGCUGAAUUCUGUGAUUAACCCAAAGCACGACACCUUCUUCCACAGAGACAGUCCAGGCAGCAGCAGGAGCCGCCUGUUCAUGGACGGGCUCGUAGAGAUUGCCUGGUACUGUCCUGCAGGAAACACUGAUGACCUUUUUGAUGAGUGCAUUGCAUUCUGCAAUCUUCAUGGUGAUGCUGCAGAGCACAAAGAGCAAAGUGACUUUUUGAGUGAACAAGCUACAGUCAAUGUUGUCCUGAUGGAAAACACGAAGAACCAAAAAGACAAAGACAGAGAGAUGUUACAGAAGCUCAGAAAUUCGUCAAAGCCUUUGAUCUGCCUUAUGAGUGAACAGAAAGGUACAAGUACAAUGGGAAGUGGAGACAACAUAAAAUAUAAAAUAGGACUCAGAGACAGAAACCAGGCAGAAUUACAUAAAGAACUGAUAUCAGUGAUCAGUACCUGUUUGCAGAAAUGUAACUCAUGUCCCUCUUUCAGCCUUGAGGAAAGCUCAGGACUGGCUAAACAUUGUGGCUUCAGAGUUGAUGAAGACAGUAAGGAAUGCCAGGAAGGAAAGACUGGAGCACUGGAAGUCAUGAAGCUGCUGAAAGGAGAAGACAUCUCCCAAAUCAAGGCCAAGCUCCUGCCCUGUCAGGGGAAACUGUGGCAUGAAUGGAGCAGUAAGAACAAACAACAAUAUCGCCUGUAUGGGGAUGUUGAACAGACAAAGAGCAAAAUACAGGAGGAAAUGAAAUCAAAACGGAAAAAACAAAGGGAGUCUUCACUUGACUUGAUAAAUGCUGUUUGUAAAAAUUUAAAAUCCAAGCACCUUUCAAAGAAAACGUACUUUGUAAGAUGGCUUGGAGUCAACCUAGACGUCUCAUUUUUAGAUGAGCUUUCAGAAGUUACUCAGCAAUAUUACAAACAGUUGGCAGACCUGCAAGUUUUGAAACAGAAACGAGAAAUAACUGAAGAUUUCAGAAAAAAGCAGGAAGAACUUGAAAAAUUAUCAGAGAAAGUGGAUGCAGUGACGUUUGGUCUGGAGCACAUAGUGAGAGAAAUGGGUCAGAUUUAUGAGGCCUGGGCUGAAUGUCCAGACAAAAUGACAGCAGAGGUUUCUACUCUCCCUGUUGUGGCUGCAGACCUCCUGAUCUCUGGACAUCCACUGGAGCUGAUGGAUGGAGAUGCUGCUCAUGUCCCUUUGACCUGGAUAGAGUCUGUUCUGGACAAGGUCACUGAGAGACUGGGAGACCAGAGAGUGUUUGUGCUGUCUGUUCUGGGUCUGCAGAGCUCAGGAAAGUCCACCAUGCUGAACACCAUGUUUGGGCUGCAGUUUGCUGUGAGUGCUGGCAGGUGCACAAGAGGAGCUUUUAUGCAGCUGAUCAGAGUGAAAGAAGAGGUUAAAGGCCAGCUGAAGUUUGACUACCUGCUUGUGGUCGACACAGAAGGGCUUCAGUCUUUACAACUGGUGGGCAAACAGUCAGGACUCACUCAUGACAAUGAACUGGCCACUUUCGUCACUGGUCUUGCAGAUAUGACCCUGAUAAAUGUCUUUGGGGAAAAUCCAGCAGAAAUGAAGGACAUCAUUCAAAUAGUAGUUCAGGCAUUUCUAAGAAUGAAGAAAGUAAAAUUGAAUCCCAGCUGCAUGUUUGUUCACCAGAACGUUGCAGAUAUCAGUGCUGGAGAGAAGAACAUGGAGGGAAGAAGGCAACUGCAGAAACAGCUGGAUGAAAUGACUCGUUUGGCAGCAACUGAAGAAGUGUGCAAUGCAGAGUAUUUUACUGAUGUGAUCAAAUUCAACAUACAGACAGAUGUGCAUUACUUUGCGCAGCUGUGGGAGGGAAACCCCCCCAUGGCUCCCCCCAACCCACGUUACAGUGAAAAUAUUGAAAAUCUCAAGCAGGCCAUUCUCAAAGCUGCAGCAGAAAAGAACUGUCUAACACUCUCGGAGCUCAAAAUCCGUAUUAAAGACCUGUGGACUGCAGUGCUGAAUGAAGACUUUGUGUUCAGCUUCAAGAACUCCCUGGAGAUUGCAGCAUACAGGAGAUUGGAGGUCAUGUACGGAAACUGGACCUGGGAGCUCAGGGAAAAUAUGCUCUUCAUUCAGAACAAAUUGCAGAACUGGAUUGACAAUGGAAAGCUGGUAGCUGUUGACCAAGAACUGAUCCAUGCAGAAAUCAAUACUACGUUCUGUGCUGUAAAGAACAAGAUGGGAACAUUCUUUAAUGAAGAUAAAGAUGCUGAGAUGCUCUCUCAGUGGAAAGCAAAAACAGAGCAGAGAAUUAAAGAUGUACAUGAUAGUCUCACUGAAGUGACUGCAAGAAAACUGACUGAACUCAUUAAAAUGAAGGCAACAUGUAAAAUGUUUGAUGAGAAGAAAACCCAGUAUGAGAAUGAGCUGUUCAACAAGAGUAAAGAUUUGGCUUCUACACUGAAAGAUAAGGCCAUGAAUGAGCUGGACCUCAGGAGAGAGUUUGACUCAAUGUGGGAGAAAUGGCUUUCAGAUCUUAAGGCAGAAACGACCCCUUUUAAUGAUAUCCAAGUACAGCAGGAAGUGAUGCACAUACUAUGCUCAACUUUUGAAAGUCACAACAUCAAUUUCAACAGAGACAGUAAACAUUACAAAAAGAUUGAUAAAAAGAGAGAAUAUUCUUACUAUGUAACAGAGAAGAAAGGCAGGUUUGGUAUUUUAUAUCAUAGUUUGGACACCAAAGAUCAUGACUCAAUCAGAGAGCUGGUGCAGGAGACAGUGAGAGAAGCUGAGGAGAUCAUUAGAACUAAACCAGUGGACAGAACAGGCUACAGUGACGCUUACACACAGGAGAUUGUGAACUGUGUGAAGAAGAGAGUGGCAGAGUUUAAAGCUGAGAGAUUCAUACUGAAGAAUGAAUUCACAGUGGAUCUGUCUCUGUAUGUCUGUGACAUUGCAGUAAGAAAGUUCACUGAUCUUCACAAGGUCUUCAGAGAGGCUAAUGAUCCUGUGAUUUACCUGGGAAAUAAGAAAGGAGAAUUUUUCUCCAUCUUCAAGAAGCAAUGUGAAGGAGCAACAGCCACUGCUGUGUUUGCAGACUUUGUCUGUAACAAACUCAAGUCGUCUAUCCUGCAAUCUGUCUAUGAUCAAACUGCCAUUGAUGCAGCUGGAGAAAUGAGGGCAAAUUUCCCAGCAUUCAGUGGAAACAGGUCAAACCUGGAGAAACACAUCCUGCAGGAUCUGGCAGAAGCUGAAAGCUUUGAGCGAUUCAUCACCUACAUCAAGAAUCCUAAGAUACACUUUUCAGAUUUUAUAGGUACAAAAAUUGAAAAGCAAAUGCUGGAAGGGAGAAACCCCAGAAUACUGGAAAUUCUGAAAAAUGCUGUAAAAAUGAAGCAGUCUAGUGUGUCUGCAGCCAUCCAGAAGGCCACACAGGAGACUAAACAGAACAAAGGAGAUGUGAAUGAGUGGCUGAAGAGUUUUUCACAGGAGCUCAAAGGUGAGAUGAAAUUUACUGUGAAUGAUCUUGUUGGUGCUCAGUACCAAGAAAUCACUGACACAGGCUUUUUUGGUGACGUGUUGAAUAAAACCCUACAGAGUGUGUUUAAGGAUAUAACCAGCAUUGACCACAUCUCUUCAGUCAGGAUGAACAUGUUGAGGCAGAGACAAAAAGAUAUUCUGAAAAACCAGUUGUGUGGCUGUUGGGUUCAGUGUCCCUUCUGUGCAGCUAUUUGUACAAACACCAUAGAAGGACAUGAUGGGGAUCACAGUGUUCCUUUCCAUAGGCCUGGAGGAAUCAAUGGGUGGACAUGGUAUAAGACAGACAAUCUGGUUGUAGAUAUCUGCACCAGUUUAGUAGCUAGUGAUGCUAAAUUAGUCCUAUCAGAUAAAAAGCGUGUCCCCUUCAGGAGAUACUGGGAAGCUGGACCAGAAUUUGCCUCUUGGAGCAUCACACCUGAUGCUUCAGAACAGGCCUACUGGAAAUGGUUUGUGUAUCAGUUUCGGAGAGACUUAAAGAAGCACUACGGCAAAACUUUUGAGGGACGAGGAAAGAUUCCUACAGCCUGGAAGUACAUCAGUAAGGAAAAUGCCAUAGAAAGUUUAAAAUACAAUGUAAAAGGGGAUAGGUAUGCAAAAAACAUGUGAUCUCCAAUGUAUUUUUUUAAUUUCCAUAAUUUAUUUUCUUUUUCUUUUUUUUAUAGUCAUUUCUAGAAGCAGAAAUUGAUCAAAACAUUGAAGUUUAGCCAACAGAAAAUAGAAACUAAAACCCAGUUCCCAGAAGAAUACAAGUACCAUCCCAUGGUUUCAGUCUGCUUCUGGAGAUGAUGUGUGAUGUAUUGUUGUGAUUCCUACCAAGCACUAAGCAUCAGGUAUAACUUUGAAGACGACAGAAUGUCUUAGAUAGCAUUCACUGUUUAGCCACUAUAAUGAAUUUAGAAGAACUGCUAUCUCUAAAUUAAAUCUUUAAAAUCUAUGCCAUGUUUGGAAACGGGCUCCUGAGAGAUUCUACUAGUCACAGACUCUGAAAGUGAAAUAACACACGAGAGACUACAAGACAACAUGCUACUGAGUGAUGUGCUAGUAACCUCUCCUCAUUAGCCUACGCAUGCCUGUUCUAUGGGGCGUAAUGUCAGAAACAGGCCAGAAAAUCGAGGAUGUAAGCUCCAUAAACUUCACAUCAUAACUCAUGAUAACUGGACACUUCGUGUUUUAUUCAUGACAGUUCAACACACAUGAAAUAUCAAUGUUUUCCAUUAAUGCUAGUGAAACUCCUUAUCUGAUGCA